UCUCCAAUCUGUUUCAGUUCACGUUGAAGGAGGAACAAUGGGAGGCCUUCAUUGUCUCCUCCUCUUGUCCUUCCAUUUGAUCGCGCCGCUUCCCUCCCUCGCCGGCCGGAUUCCGGCCGUAAUAGUCUUCGGGGACUCCACCGUAGACGCCGGGAACAACAACUACGUCGCCACCAUCGCCAAGGCCGACUUCCCCCCUUACGGCCGCGACUUCCCCGGAGGGCGUGCCACCGGCCGCUUCUGCAACGGCCGUCUCGCCACCGACUUCAUCUCCGAAGCGCUCGGCCUGCCGCCCUCCAUCCCGGCCUACCUCGACCCCGCUUACACCAUCGAGGACUUUGCCAGAGGGGUCUGCUUCGCGUCUGCAGCCACCGGCUUCGACACCGCCACCUCCGACUUUCUCUCGGUGAUUCCUUUGUGGAAAGAGGUGGAAUUCUUCAAGGAGUACCGACAGAGGCUGACGGCCUACGUCGGGAAGAAGAAGGCCGCCUACAUCGUCCGCGAAGCCGUCUACAUCGUCAGCAUCGGCACCAACGACUUCAUCGAAAACUAUUACUCGCCGUUGGGCCGGCGGCGGUGGGAGUUCACGGUGGAGGAGUACGUGGACUUCAUCGUGGGGCUCGCCCGCGACUUCUUCAGGGACAUCUACCGGUUGGGGGCCCGCAAGAUCUCCUUCACCGGCCUCAGCCCGUUCGGGUGCCUGCCGUCGGAGCGGGCCACGAACCAGGAGACGAAGGGGGCGUGCGUGGAGGAGUACAACCGCGUGGCGAAGGAAUUCAACGGGAAGCUGGAGGCGGCGAUGCAGCGGCUCUGCGAGGAGCUGCCGGGGAUCAAGCUCAGAUUCGCGCCGCUCUAUGAUCUCUUUCUCGACGCGACGCAGAAUCCAUCGAGAUACGGAUUCGAGAGCUCGAGCAGAGGAUGCUGCGGCACGGGGAAGUUCGAAACAUCGAUCACCUGCAACGAGUGGACGCCUUUCACGUGCGAAGAUGCAGACAAGUUCGCGUUUUGGGAUUCCAUCCAUCCAUCCGAAAGGUUCUACCGAUUCUUCGCCAACCAGACGCUGAGCACGAGCCUCGCCGAGUUCAUAUAGUUUUCCUCUGUUUCUAUUUCCUCAAAAUUCUUUUAAGAUAUAUAUCUACAUUUAUAUAUAUAUAUAUAUUACAAAGACAAAAGGAGUAUUAACAAAUG